AUGUCGUCAUCCUUAAAUGUGAUCGCGUUGAUAUCCGGCGGCAAGGAUUCGCUAUACUCUAUCCUGCAUUGUCAGGCAAACGGUCACACCCUUACUGCAUUAGCCAACUUAUACCCCACGCGCACGACCAAUUUCGAUGAGGAUAUCAAUAGUUACAUGUAUCAGACAGUGGGACACUCAGUAAUCCCAUUGUAUGAACAAGCGCUGGGCAUUCCAUUGUACCGACAAGAGAUCACAGGCAAAACAGUGGACUCGAGCAGAGAUUAUGGGACGCCACAGGCAGGGCAAGAGCAGGAUGAGACGGAGAAUCUAGUCCCGUUGCUGAAGAGUGUCAUGGAAGCUCAUCCGGAGGCAAAUGCGGUCUCUACAGGAGCUAUAUUGAGCACAUACCAGCGGACGCGGGUGGAAUCUAUUGCCCUCAGGCUGGGACUCACACCUUUGUCGUACCUAUGGCAAUACCCGCUACUACCUCCUUACACACAGACAUCGCUGUUGCAUGAUAUGACAGCGGUAGGACAAGAAGCAAUAAUCAUCAAGACCGCAUCUGGCGGCCUAGACGAAAGCUUUCUUGGCUUUGAUGUGGCACAUCAGCGGACUAUAGGAAGAUUGAGCAAGGCGAUGAGUCGAUUUGGUGAGACCAGUAAUGGUGCCAUCGUAGGCGAGGGGGGUGAAUUUGAGACGUUAGCCCUUGACGGACCAACGCCGUUAUGGAAGAAGAGGAUAAGGAUAGAGCCUGGCCCACCCGGAGUGAUGGAAGGCGGGCAAGCGGUGCUAAAGAUUCAGGCGAGUACUCUUGAGGACAAACAGGAGGACACUGAGAGGACUUUGGACGCUUUGAGGAUCCCUGAACUAUUCGACGUCGAGUUCGAAAAGCUCCUCCAAGUUAUGGAUGGUGGCAACGACUCCCAGUCUUUCAGGUCCGAGGAUGCUACACUUGUCGAUGUGUCCUCUGGCACUUUUUCAACAUCGACCGACACACCAAUCUCUGAGGGUCUUCCUAGGAACUCAACUGGCGAUACGCCUACAGUCUUCACUUACUCAAACUUAAUUAGCGACACCCGCCCCUCCUCCUCACCAAGCUCACCAUCACGUCAACUUACUAAGAUAUUCCUCCGUCUCGACCAUGUCUUGACACAAUGGCAUGUCGCUAAAGCCGGUGUCAACCACUGUACACUUCUUCUCCGUAACAUGGCCGACUUUACUGUCCUUAACCCGAUCUACGCUGAGUACUUCAGCGAUAUCAACCCACCAGCAAGAGUGACAAUAGCUGUUGGGGACACAAUGCCAGAAGGCGUUGAUAUCAUGCUCAGUGUAGUAAUAGAUAAGGAGAUGAAGGAUAGAGCUGUGCAGAGACAAGGGCUGCAUGUGCAGGGGAGAAGCUACUGGGCACCGGCCAAUAUCGGACCAUAUAGCCAGGCAAUCUCCGUCAGACUACCUGCUACUGACGAGAGAGGUGAGGGUCAGGAUCAACAUGUCGGCGAGGUUGUGUAUGUGGCUGGUCAAAUCCCUUUGAUCCCGGCAUCUAUGGAAGUCUACCAAGAGCAGGGUUUCCGAGGACAGGCAAUCCUGUCAUUGCAACAUCUUGGGCGUAUUGGACGGGCAAAAGGAGUACGAUGGUGGACUGCAGGUGUAGGUUUUAUACCAGCAUCUGCAAACGCCGAAGAACAAGUGCGAAUCGCCCAAGGCGCAUGGAAAGCCAUCCAUACUCCAUCACCGUCCUUUUCCUCAGAUACAGACGGAGACGAAGAAGAAGAAGAAGAUAUCGACCCCUGGGACCGCCUGAACCGGAACCACACCUCCACAUUCAACGACAACACAUACCGCUCCCCCCUUCCCGAUCCAACUUCGAUAUCCAACCCCACAAAUCCAAACACAACACCCAUACCACCCUGUUUCAUCGCACAAGUACACUCCCUCCCGCGCGGCGUAGACAUAGAAUGGAGCGCGAGUGGUCUCACUGCGCCCUCCAUCCACUUCAAUCGAAAUCUCACCCACAGCAAUCUCACACUGACCACGCCCACUAGCUCGCGCUCACGCUUCUACACGCUCGAGAUACGCGAGCAAAGUGAUCUAGAUGCGCUCAGCAGAUUAGGAGAAGACAGUAUAAAGGAAUGGACGAGCGCGACGCUAUAUGCGGGACGGGGAUUCGAGGGGACUGCUACGAUGAAUUGGAGGGGCGUGCAGUGGAUUCCUUGUUUGAAAGUUUGGGGGGAGAAUGGGAGGGAGGUGCGGGCUGUGCUUGUUGGGAGGGUGGAUGGUGAUAAUGAGCGGGAAGGCAGUGUUAUGUGA